AUGGUGCCAUUUUCUAGAUUUACUCAUAUCAAUCAACUCUUCCUCCUUGCUCGUAUCAUUGCCUCUCAUAAUAUACCGGUACAUUUACUUUGCCUUCCUGAAUUUAAUAAAGAUUUAAAGCCACGCCUUAAAGAUGAAUAUUUUGAGGUUGCAAAAAAUAUUCAUUUUAAAGACAUUUUGCUUUCACAAGAUGAAUAUUGUAGAACAACGGAAGAUGUUGAUGAUGAACUUGUGCUUUCGAUUAUGGAAUUGUUGGAAAAACAAUCCGAGGCUAUUCAGAGAACAUGCCUUGAACUCUCCACAAAUACAAAGAAAUUAGUCAUAAUUUAUGACUCGAUAAUGAAGGACUAUCUAGGGGAUGUCCAUUCAUACCCUAAUAUUGAGACUUGUAUUUUUCAUUCAGGUUCAGCUAUAAGCAAAUAUUCUUUGCUCCGACAGAGUGUCGAUGACUUAGAAGUUGUUGAUGGUGGUGGUGAUGGUGAUGAUAAUGAUCAUGAAAAGUUGAUUAAGCAAAUGCAUGAAGAGUUCCCAGCUAUGGAUAGUUGUUUUCCACCGGGUAUGGACAUAUUCGAAAAAGAUUUAUAUGAGUGGGAUCUCAACUCAGGAGAAUUCAUGAUUUCCUCUAGAGAAAUUGAAGGUAAGUAUUUAGAUUUACUAGCUAAGGCAAAAAAUAAGAAGCCUUUGUGGGCAUUUGGUCCACUUCAUAUGUUGCUAUCAUCAUCAUCAUCAUCAUCUCGCAACAAGGAUCCUCGCCAUGAAUGUCUUGAAUUUCUUGACAAUCAAGAUCUUAAUUCAGUAAUAUACGUUUCGUUUGGAACAGGGACUGCAUUAUCAAAAGAGCAAGUCAAUGAGCUUGCAUUUGGUCUAGAAAAGAGCAAUCAAAGAUUUAUUUGGGUAAUAGGGAAAGGGGAUCAUAGUAAUACUAAUGAUAAUAAUAACACUAUUGAAUUACCACAGGGAUUUGAAGAAAGGGUGAAAGGAAGAGGAAUGGCUGUGCGAAAUUGGGUGCCCCAAUUGGAAAUCUUGGGACAUCCAUCUACCGGUGGAUUUUUAAGUCACUGUGGGUGGAAUUCUUGUAUGGAAAGCAUUAGCCUAGGAGUUCCAAUAAUAGCUUGGCCAAAUGAGUGGGACCAACCUUAUAAUGCUGUUCUUGUAACUAAAGUGCUAAAAAUUGGAAUCUCACUCUCUAACUGCACUCGCAACAAUGAGUUAAUCACAUCAAAAUCAAUCGAGAAAUCUGUCAAAAUUUUGCUGGAUACAGCAGAAGGAGAAGAGAUGCGGAAGAGGGCGGUGGAGUUGAGCAAUAAGAUCAAGAGUUCGGUUAGCCCCGGAGGUGUGACAGCCAAGGAAGUUGAAUCUUUCAUAUCCUAUAUUACCAAAUAA